AUGACAUCUGUUAUUGGUGCGGAUGCUCACUAUUAUGGAUCAAGCACUUUUACCUUGCAAGCAACCCCUGCACGCCCAGAGGUUUUGAAAAGGGGGGCUUCCAAAUCGCAGCCAGCUGACAUCACAAAAGGCAUGACUGAUAUGAAACAGAACCUACGAGACCUCACUCUUGUUCCAAAGGCUGCUGAAGCCUCCCCUCCCCCAUCGCCAUUUCAUGAUGCUCCUCUCGAGCUACGAGGCUGGCUGAAGGGUCUGGAUGAUUGUCUUCCUGGUGAAGUGUAUGAGAAAGUUCUUGACUCCGAAAGUCAGUCACGGAUGGAGGAAAACUUUGAGAAUGUAUCUGAAGCAGUUCAUGGUUGGACCCUGAAAAAUCUUCCAAUCGAUUACAACUGGCCGGUAGUCGUAUUCGAGGUUGCUUACUCCGAGUCGAAACCCAGAGUCAAAAAGGAUAUCCUUAGACUCAUGUUCGGCACACACGGCAGAGCACUGAUGGGCAUAGCCAUCAAGUUGAAGUACAAUGACGAAAGGCUCAUCAGUGUCGAGAUCUUCGUGUAUUAUUUCUCAGGAGAAGGCAACUUCUUUCCUGAAGAAGCGGAGCCAUUUAGCGCCAGUGAAAUCUAUGUCAACCAGGACGGGAAAUUGUAUCCUAUUUCAGAGAGGCACAAGGAAGACAAGUUGUUCCAAAUGGUCUGUGCAGAAGUAAAAGGCAAAAGGCAUUUUUAUGAGUGCUCCUUGGCCAGUAAUUGGAUUAUUGAUGACAAUCACCACAGUUCCAAAGAAGACCUCGUAAUCCCACCCGAUUUUUUGAAGCAUGUACCUGAUAGAACAAAAAUGGUUAUAUCUGCUGACAGCCUCUGGUCCGAUCUCAAAAAGGGAUACCAAAUGACCGGAUACUUCAAUUCGGUUUUCGAGCAUUUCAAGAAAGAUGGUAUGCCUGGUAACGAGUUAAAAAUCACCUGCAAACGACAGGGAUUGCAUGAUGGGGAUGUUCACAGGAGUGAUGGAAGUGAAGAGCAGGUGAAGAAGAAGGGAAAGCACCAUUAG